AUGGAUAUAAACAUUCUUGAUGCUGCUAGUGGUGGAGCACUUGUCGAUAAAACUCUAGUUGCUGCUAAAGCCCUAAUUGAGAACAUGUCACUCAACUCCCAACAAUUCACAACCAUAAAUAAUUCUAUGGUCCAAACAAAAGCAAAGUUGUGUGGUAUUUGUACUUCUACUGAACAUCCUACUGACACAUGUCCUAUUCUUCAAGAUGAUUCGGUCACUCAGUUGCCUCAAGCAUAUGCAGCUAACUUUUUCAACCAAAGCAAUACUCAGAGAGGGUACAACAUUCCUGACUUGUCCACCAACAAAUAUCAUCCCAAUUGGAGAAACCAUCCAAACCUUCGAUAUGGAAACCAGCAGCCCACCCAACAACAAUUAGUCAUACCCCAACCACAACCACAAACCACUCCCCAAGUCACCACCUAUUCACCUUCCGGACCUUCAUUGGAGGGUCUUGUCAAACAAAUGGCUGUUAACAAUCUCCAAUUUCAGCAACAAACAGAUUCCAGUAUUCAGACUUUGCAGACACAGAUUGGACAGCUUGCCACUUUGAUGAAUACCAUGCAGCAAGCCCAAGGAUCAAACCAACUUCCUGCCCAAACAGUUGUGAAUCCAAAAGGCCCUAAUACUAAUGUGAGUGCAAUUUCCUUGAGAUUCGAGAAGGUAAAAGAACCAGAAAAAAAUAAAAAAAUUCUUGAGGUAACACCUGAACCUUCUUCCGUUGUGAUAGAAACUGAACCCACUGUUGUGGUAGAAACUGAAAAAGAAAAAGAGAAGGAGUAUGUGCCACCAGUUCCCUUCCCACAUAGAAUACUGAAAAAUAAAAGGACUGGUGAUGGAGACAAGGAGAGAGAGGUUUUAGAUGUGUUCAGAAAAGUGGCGGUAAACAUUCCACUUCUUGAUGUUAUUAAGCAGGUUCCAAAUUAUGCAAAAUUUCUAAAAGACUUGUGCUCAAGUAAGAAAAGGUUGAAGGGAAAUGAGAGAGUAAAUUUGGGACGAAACAUUUCAGCCCUUAUCCAGCCUAAACAUUCACCUGAAAAAGCUACUGUUUCAUCCCUCAAUCAGGCCAUACCCCCAAAGUGCAAGGAUCCAAGAACUUUUGCUAUUCCAUCAUACAAGUUUAAUCAUUCAACUAACGAACAGAAGUAA